AUGAACACAAGUGCGCCCUUCGCAACACGGUUGAACAGACUAGAAGAACUGAAAACGUACAAGGCUGGAGACGGCACCACAGAAGUGACUCUCAAACCACCCGAGAAGGCACACAACCAAGCAUUACGACUAAUAACUGGAGGGAUAAAAUCAACACCCAUUGAUGCAAUGCUCCUAGUUACAGAAAGCACCACAAUAUGUUCCCUUAUCAAAGAAAAGACCUUGAUCCUGUAUGAGAAGCUACUGCGCAUUCCCAUGGACAAGUUCUUCAGCACCUAUGAGAAUAGACCAAGACAUCUGAAAAUGCAAUCUGGUCGAAUAAAGAAAGCCAUUGAACUGAAGAAAGCAUUACAAAUAGAUGAAAGACAAAACGCGUCUCUUAAUGUUACGAUAAAACGGUUAAAACGCAAAAAGUCUCCUGGCGAAGACGGUAUUCAUCCGAGAGCAAACACUUCCUCAGAACAAAUGCGCUCACUGGCCAUUAAUGUAACCAAUGCCAAUUAUGCUGCUGAUCAAUGGAUCCAAGUCUUCAUUGAUGGGUCAUACAUAGAAAAUCAAGCAAACCCGACUGGCCAAGAAACAAAACCGUUGCUGAGUUUAGAUUACGUACCGGACACGAUUUCCGGUCGAAGCAACUUUGCAGAAAAGGAGUGUUUACACAUCCAACAUGUCCCCGUCUGUGACCAACAGGAGGAAAUGGAGAAGACUCACCUGAUUCAGUGUCCAGCUCUGAAGACAACGACGGAAACCCAGAGAUAG